AUGACCACCUCGACUCCCUCCCCUCCUCCUCCCACCCUUCCCUCUUCUUCGUCCUCUCCUUCCCCUCUCGCCCCGUCCGUCGUGAAGCUCUUCCAGGUGAGCCGCAAGGCGUGCUCCAGCACCUUCCAGCUGCGAGUUCGCUCGGCCACCUCUUCUUCCUCGUCCACCGAGAGUGGAUCUUCUGGUACGUAUUCGACUUCUGCAACUUCCAUCCGCUCGAAUACCGCGGAAAAUAACAAUGAAGUAGCCGUGGCCACUGUCGGUGGUAGCCAGGCCUCCCUCGUGGACCAUCCCAUCCACGCCUUCCGCCAGGUCCGCUACAUGUUUGGCUCGGCCACCACUGCGGACUUCCACAUUCUCCUCGGUCACAACAGUGUCCUGGAUCCCCUCCUCGCGACACAAGCUGGAUUCCACACAAUCUUCUUCCUCCACAUGGCCACCAUGGCCCUCAGUCCGUUCAUGCAAUAUCUCAUGGACGCCAUGGUGUACCAGCAGCAGAACGGAUUCCAGUACAUCCACGUCGCCGCCGGUCCCGCCUUCAAUGCUUAUGCAUUCAUGGCGUUUUCUGAGGCCCUCCGGGCUCUGUACGGUGCUCCACUGGUCAGUCAUGAUUGGCUUUUUGACAUCGUGACCCAGUUCAUGGGUGUGCACCUCAACGCAACGAAUAUCAACGUUGUACGGGUCCGUUGGGCAUUGUGCUAUGCCACUUCAGGUAUCUUUCUGGGAAGAAUGGACGUCGCAAACCGAGGCAUUGACCUCGCCAUGAGCCUGAUGGCCUGGGACACCGUCGAGAUCCUGAUUGACUUCGGCAUGGCUCCCCACAACUACUUCCUGACCUGCCGCCAGAUGAAGGAUGUCACCCGGAACGCAAGCCUAAACUUCAUCAAGGAAUUUGAAAAGAACGCUCCUAAGAAUGUCCUACACGAGGCUCUCCAGUUCAUCGGCAGCUUCGUGACCCCCAACUUCCAUUCAUCCGCGGCCGCAUUCCCCCCGGCCUUUGGACCCUCCCCCGAAUUGGACCUCACCGAUGAACGCCUCGAGUACAUCCACUUCGGUGGCCGUCCCUCCCUCGCGGAUCUCGCUUCUCGCGACCCGGUAGCUCGGGUUGCUUCCGCUAUGCUCCUGACCCUGCCGUUUGACAUCUUCGCCAGGCUUGUGGGCAUCAUGAAUGUCCAUUACCGCGUUGACGAGGGUCUGCUUCGUGAGGUCGUUCGUUACCGUGAGCAGCGGCGCCUUAAGGCCAUUGAGGCCUGGAAGAAGCGUGUUUGGCCGACUCAGCCUCUGUACGAGGAUGGACUGGAGGAGCUGGCGAACGAGGAAGUUGUUGCCGUCUCGGAGGAAGGGGUGCCAUCCGUCUUCCGUCGUCGUGUGGGUCUUAAGCACCCGCAGAUGCUCUAG